CAGACUUUGUCGGCAUAACGUGUACCGAAGGAGAACUUGCACCGAACGAUGCUGGCAUUACACAGCCUGGUGCUUCUUGGCGCCGCGCUCGGGGUGAUCAGCGCCGCCGAUACCACCCACGCCCCUUUGUCUGCCGCUGACACAAUCCGGGAGACACAAAAAUUACUGACGGAGCUUAAUCAGCUUAAAUCAACUUUCAAGAAAACCAUGACGGGCCUCGCAAGACAGACUAUGCUACAGCAGCUGUUUGUCGAGGAACGGGUGAGGUCCGAAGGUAGCUCAGGUGUCAAACAGAUUCGCAACACGGAAGGCGGUACCCGGCCCUACCACUCCGCGACAUUCACCGCGGACACAGCCGGCAGCAUCCACGAACACGCGGAUAACGACCGGACAGGCGGGUUGGGCGAAAUGGUGGUUGUCCUCAAUGGCGUGGAGUUCAAGACAAGGCAUAAUGAUUACAAACUGAAGAUGCCGUCAACCAAGAGUAAGUCGUACAAUGAAAUAGAAGACAUUCCAUUUCCGGAUGUCCCUCCGUCUGUGCUGCACAAGUCCACAGUACCUGAGCAGAUUGCUGAGAUGCAAGAGUACUUCAAAGCUUUCCACACACAGGAUACCAAGCAUCGCGACUACCGCCCAUACUUCAAGCCCGUCAUGUGUUACAUUGAAGGCGGCUGGACCUCCGACGCCGAAAACUUCACGGAACCGUUCCAGAGCGACCGCCACUCCCUUGACACCAACAGCUGGGAAAACCUCCAAGAUAAAAUAAGGUUCACUGCAGCUUCCGGUGGGAAGAGCUUCUCGGAAAACUUCGCGUAUCUGCCAACCACGAUUGUCAACGUCACUGAAGACGGAGAACCAGUGUACGCUCAGUGGAACUACAGAGUGCUUUGUAAUCCAAUCACAACAGAACUAUCCCUCAAAGACUUUAAGCCGGUGAAUGACAUUGCUGUCAGAAUCGCCAACAAUCUGACCAUGAGCGAGUACGCCAUGGAGAAACUGGCGCGGUUUUCUAUUUCAGUUAAUGAUGGGUUCGGAUAUGUCAGCGAAAGCCAGACCGGAGUAUUCAAGGACAGGCGGUUUUUGCACGGCAAAAUGGACGAUAUCAUGUUCGAGAUUCCGGGAAAAGACAACCACCCCGGUUACUUGGAGGACAACAACUUUGAGCGUUUAAAACACCGCGUGGAAUUUAAGAACCACACCAUUCUGAACGUCGCUAGGUACCAUCGCCAUUACAGAAGCUUCCAGUCAGACGCAAGUGGGCUGAUUAUCAGAAACCGCGGCUACUCUGACACAUCCAUGUAUGUAGCCGGUACACAGAAUCCACAGAUAGCCAAGGUGAAUGUCAAAGAUUGUAAGAAUGUAAAUAGGAAGCACGUGUGUACAAUAUACGAAGGGCGGUACACGUACGCCAUACCGAUAGAGGUUGUCUGGCUUACGCCACUGAGCAAAUGGAACCCAUAUAGCCUCCAAUUAGCUUCCGAAGCCAGCAUCCCGGCCGCACACCACCGCAAUGGUGCGUUCAAUGCCAACAGUGCGUACAACGGGACAUCUAGCAAGUACUUCUACCAAACGCCCGCGGAGUUCUACACCAGCGGCGACCUAGUUCGUCAUUCGACCGACACCUCCAAAACCAUCGUGGGAGUUUUAGACCAACAUGGACAGGUUCGCAACGUGGUUGGUUCCGGCCUGCGUAUCUUCACCCCGGACAUCCCGGGGGUUGGUCCAGUUCGUCUCCGUUACCCAGUGUUCCCCGUGCACCAGGAUGGCAACACCGUCUGGAAGAACCUCAUGGCCCUACAAGACAUCACCCUUAAUAGUCGAGCAUGGCACCGCAUGUUUGAAACGCCUCCGGAGAUGGACAUAGCGGAUCUGCACUACCAUAUGAUGCGUAACACCCAACACCCGCCCGCUGGCCACAUCCACCACUUUAACGUGACGCGCGCCCAGACGGAAGUCCUACAGUCGGGCGGCAACGUCACCGUCGUUACAUCGACGGACCUGGGCCACAACCACACGCUCGUGCUCAUAAAGGAUGACCAGCGGAACGACAAUCUUCGCGUGCAAAUAGUCGAAUGUGACGGUGGCCGUAAGUGGUGUGCGCACACUCACCCAGCAUGGGCUUACAUGGAGCCUUAGGUGCGCUUCGUUCACCAGUGUUGCAUCUUAGUUGGAUGCACCGCAGGUGUCAAGUCUGCAAUAUCUUUACUCCUACGGCAUUGAAAAUGGAUUUUUUUGGAUUUUUAGCAUCCUAUGUUAAAAAAAUAUUAAGAAUUAAAUUCAAUUUAUUGAUA